GAAAAAAAAAAAAGAAGAAAAUUGAAUAGAGGUAUAUAGGGAAUUAAGGUGCAAUGGCCGCUACGAAGAGAAUUGGUGUUCUAAUUAUGUUCUUUGCUCUGGCUUAUUAUGUGGAUGCUAUAUCAAGAACAAAGCCAGUUGCUAGUCCUGAUAUCUACAAGGGUAGAAAUGUAGCUAAGGAUAAAAUUGCUCCUGGCGAGAAGAUAGUUAAUGUCUUGAGUUUUGGAGCCAAACCUGAUGGCAAGUUUGAUUGCACUCAGGCUUUCAUGGAUGCAUGGAGAGCAACAUGCAAGUCCAAUGUGCAAGCCAGGCUUCUGAUCCCUCAGGGAAGAUUCGUGGUUUCAACAAUGUUUUUUGCAGGGCCAUGUUUGACUCCAGGGCCCAUAACAAUCCAAGUUGUAGGCACUGUUGUGGCCACAACAGAUAUCAGUGAGUAUGUGAAUGGUGAAUGGCUCAUGUUUGAGGACCUGGAUGGUGUAAAGCUUAUUGGUGGUGGUACUUUUGAUGGCAUGGGUAAGGAAUCAUGGGCAACAACUGAGAACUGUGAAGCAGACCAAACCGACACUUGCGUCAGAAACCCUAGUAGUAUUUAUUUCCACAAAGUCAGGAAUGGAAUUAUACAGAACAUCAAAUCCGUAAACCCCAAAGGCUUUCAUUUUUUUGUCACUAACUGUGCUAACAUCAGACUCCGAUUACUUAAGCUCACUGCACCAGCUACCAGCCCCAACACCGAUGGAAUUCAUAUUAGCAACUCCAUCGAUGUUAAAUUAUCUAAAAAUACCAUUGAAACUGGAGAUGAUUGUGUUUCCAUGAUUCAAGGAGUCAACAAUAUUACUAUCAACAAACUGAAAUGUGGCCCUGGACACGGUAUUAGUAUUGGAAGUCUUGGAAAGUAUGCGGAUGAGCAAGAAGUGAAAGACAUUCGCGUCAAGAACUGCACGAUGGUUGGCACAACCAAUGGCCUCAGAAUCAAGACAUGGCCAGAUAAGUAUCCAGGUUCAGCAUCAGCUAUCACCUUCAGUGACAUUGUCAUGGAAAAUGUUAAAAAUCCUAUCAUCAUUGACCAAGAGUAUGAUUGCGAACCAGCAAACUGCCAAAAGAAGCCUUCACUUGUAAAGAUAAAAGAUGUUGUUUUUUCAAACAUAAGGGGAACCACAAUUUCACCAAUUGCAGUGGAUUUAAGGUGUAGCAAGCAGUUCCCAUGCCAAGAUGUUAAACUUAAGAACAUAAACCUGAACCUUGGACCCAAGCCGUCGGGUUCCAGAUUUAGUUCUGAAAUUGACAUAGCAUUUGCCAGGGAUUCAACCGCUUUAGCUCCAGAACCUCUAGCUGAUUAUCUUGCCCCAUUUGAAAUUCCUCCUGCUGAUUCAGCUGAACCACCUUCACUAGAUAAUAGCCCUUCUGAUGGCUCAGCUGAAUACAUUGAGUUAUAUUCAACGCUAUUAGAAUAUUUCAAUCUGACUCGUUAUGGAGCAGUGGCUGAUGGGAGGACAGAUUCUAGCUCUGCAUUCUUGGCAGCAUGGGAGGAUGCAUGCUCUCAUACAGGAUCCUCAACUUUCUUUGUCCCGAAGGGAACAUUCUUUCUUGGUCCAGUCUCAUUUUCAGGGCCCUGCCACAAUAAUGGGUCCCCAAAGAUAGAGAUAAUGGGAACUUUGAAGGCUCCAAUCAGCCUCAAUGACUUCCCCACCCUUGAAUGGGUUGUGUUUAAGAACUUGAAUGGCUUCAAUCUCCCUGGACUCAAUAGUAAGGCAACUUUGGAUGCUCAAGGUCAAGAAUCCUGGUCAAAAGCUGCUUGCUACAGGGUCAUGAAAUGCCACAAUAUCCCUACUGCUUUGAAAUUCCUCAAUGUUUCAAAUGGAUCUGUGAGAAAUAUAUCUUUGUUGAAUAGUAAGGCGGCCCAUGUUAGCAUUCACAAGUGUGAGAACAUUGAUUUCUCUGUUGGUGAUGACUGUGUCGCCAUUGGACCUGGCAGCACCAACAUAUCUGUGUCAUUUGUACAUUGUGGUCCAGGUCAUGGAAUCAGUGUGGGAAUCCUUGGCAAGAGUUCAAAUGAGAAGGAUGUAGCUGGAGUUCAUAUUUCAAACUGCAUAAUUAAUGGUACCAAGAACGGUGUCAGGCCAUCUCAAGUGAAGCUUGAAGACGUGAGCUUCGAGAACAUUAGUGGCACUUACAAUACCAUGCAUGGAGUAACUCUGUGGUGCAGCUCUGCUGUCCCUAGUGAGAACAUUCUGCUAGCUAACAUUAAUUUGAACUACACAAAACAAGCAGAUAUGGAGCAAGAACGUUUCAUUGCAAAGGGUGUCUUUCAUGAUUUACAAGUUGUUAAUUCUCAAUUCUGA